GGAACUUCGAGGCUGGCUGCGGAGGCUGGGAUCGGGCUGCGCGACGCCUCCUGCCAUGGCUCCUCCAGCCGGGAUCGCCGCGCUGCUCGCCUGCUGCUGGGCGCUCCUGCUGGCCCCGGCUGCCCCGCGCAGUCCCGGACAGAGAGAUCAUAUUUUGGAAGAUCUAAAAGAAUACAGCCUUGUUAUCCCAACUAGCACAGACUCAGAGGGCAGGUUCCUCUCCAACGUUGUGUCGGGAGCUUUGAAGAGGCGCUUCCGAAGGGACGCGGGGAAUCUAACACACACAGCUGCAAGCGAGCCAAUUUUUUAUAAUGUCACUGUUUUUGGAAGAGAAUUUCACUUUAGACUGAGACCAAACUCCAGGCUGGUGGCGCCUGGAGCAACUGUUGAAUGGCAGGAGGAUUCUAACAUCACUUACGUUGAGCCGCUCCAUGGGAAUUGCCUCUAUGUUGGGGAUAUCACCGACAUGCCUAAUGCAUCCGUUGCGAUAAGCAAUUGUGAUGGGCUGGCUGGCAUGAUUCGCACAGACAAGGACGAGUUUUUCAUUGAACCUCUGCAGAAGGGGAAGCAGGAGGAGGAAGAAGGUAGGACACACCUGGUGUAUCGAAGGGCAGCUGCCAAGAAAACACUUCCCAGUGAGCUCCCAGAUAUCCAGCAUAGAGAGGCUGAUCUAGGCCAUCUAGACAGCAUGUUGAACCUGAUGAAAGAUAAGAUCAGUACCUCACGAAGGAGGAGGAGAUAUCCAAGGCAUACAGUGGACGAUUACAACAUUGAAGUGCUUCUAGGCGUUGAUGACUCUGUUGUACAAUUCCAUGGGAAAGAACACGUUCAGAAGUAUCUUCUGACACUGAUGAACAUUGUUAAUGAAAUCUAUCAUGAUGAGUCCUUAGGUGCCCAAAUUAAUGUUGUCCUGGUGAGAAUCAUCAUGUUGAGCUACGGGAAAUCCAUGAGUUUAAUUGAGAUCGGCAACCCUUCUCAGAGUUUAGAGAAUGUGUGCCGCUGGGCCUACCUACAGCAGAAACCUGAUACAGAGCACGCAGAGUAUCAUGAUCACGCAAUUUUUCUCACGAGACAGGAUUUUGGCCCUUCUGGUAUGCAAGGCUAUGCUCCAGUUACUGGCAUGUGUCACCCAGUUCGAAGUUGCACACUUAACCAUGAAGAUGGCUUCUCUUCAGCAUUUGUUGUAGCCCAUGAAACUGGACAUGUAUUAGGCAUGGAACAUGAUGGUCAAGGGAACAGGUGUGGGGAUGAAGUCCGGAUGGGGAGCAUAAUGGCCCCUCUUGUCCAGGCCGCGUUCCAUCGCUUCCACUGGUCUCGAUGUAGCCAGCAGGAGCUGAACCGAUACCUGCAUUCCUACGAUUGUUUGCGUGACGAUCCCUUUGACCACGACUGGCCUUCCCUCCCUCAGCUGCCAGGAAUCCACUACUCCAUGAACGAGCAGUGCCGCUUCGACUUUGGUUUGGGCUACAUGAUGUGCACAGCUUUCCGCACCUUUGAUCCAUGCAAACAGCUUUGGUGUAGCCAUCCCGAUAACCCUUAUUUCUGCAAAACAAAAAAAGGACCUCCAUUGGAUGGAACCAUGUGUGCUCCUGGGAAGCAUUGUUUUAAAGGUCAUUGUAUCUGGUUAACUCCAGAUAUCUUGAAGCAAGAUGGAAACUGGGGGGCAUGGAGUAAAUUUGGCUCCUGUUCUCGAACCUGUGGUACGGGAGUGAAAUACAGGACGCGGCAGUGUGAUAAUCCACAUCCAGCUAACGGAGGCCGCACAUGUUUUGGGCCAAGCUAUGAGUUCCAGCUCUGCAGCACUCAAGACUGUCCUAAAGAUUAUGAAGAUUUCAGAGAGGAGCAAUGCAAACAGUGGGAUCCUUAUUUUGAAUAUCAGAAUGCAAAACACCACUGGCUCCCAUAUGAGCAUAAUGAUGCUAAAGAAAGGUGCCACCUCUACUGUGAGUCCAAGGAAACUAGAGAUGUUGUGUAUAUGAAGAGACUGGUGCACGAUGGAACACGGUGCUCAUAUAAGGAUUCUCAUAGUAUCUGUGUGCGAGGGGAGUGCUUGAAAGUUGGCUGUGACAAGGUUAUAGGCUCUUCAAAGCAAGAGGACAAGUGUGGUGUGUGUGGUGGAGACAACAACCACUGCAAAGUGGUAAAAGGAACAUUCUCCAAGAUUCCAAAGAAACAAGGUUAUGUCAAGAUGUUUGAAAUCCCACCAGGUGCAAGGCACUUGCUCAUACAAGAAUCAGAUGCCACCCGUCAUAAUCUUGCAAUCAAGAACAGAGAAACAGGGAAAUAUGUUUUAAAUGAAGACAACUAUGUUCCAAACUCCAAAGUGUUUGUCAACAUGGGUGUGGAAUGGGAGUAUCGGAAUGACGAUGAUAGGGAAAUGGUGCAAACGAUGGGCCCGUUACGUAAUGGAAUCACCAUUCUGGCAAUUUCUCAUGGUAAUGCCAAGAUUACACUGACUUACAAAUACAUGAUCCAUGAAGAUUCCUUAAACGUUGAUAACAACAAUGUUUUGGAAGAUUCAGUAACAUUUGAGUGGGCUUUGAAAAAAUGGUCGCAAUGCUCAAAACCCUGCGGAGGAGGUUCUCAAUUUACAAAAUAUGGUUGCCGGAGGAAGACUGACCUCAAGAUGGUUCAUCGUAGUUACUGUGAGUCUAUCGAAAAGCCGAAGCCUAUUCGCAGAGUUUGCAAUCUCCAGGAAUGUUCCCAGCCAAUAUGGGUUACAGGCGACUGGGAACCUUGCAGCAAAAGUUGUGGGAAAGCAGGAUACCAGGUGCGUUCUGUCAAAUGUAUCCAGCCGCUGCAUGACAACAGAAACCGCUCUGUUCAUACCAAAUAUUGCAGCAGCAAUCGUCCAGAGGGCAAGAGGACUUGCAACCGAGAGCUUUGCCCAGCUCAGUGGCGGAUAGGACCCUGGUCAGAGUGUUCUGUAACUUGUGGUAAUGGUACGCAAGAGAGGCAUGUCCUGUGCAGGACCAGAGAAAAUGUUAUUGGCUUUUGUAAAGAAGAAAAGCCAGAGACAAUAAGGCUAUGCAAACUACCUUUGUGUCCCAAAAAUUCAUCAGAUACAUCAAAGAAAACUUACAUGAUACAAUGGCUGUCAAGACCGGACCCAGAUUAUCCUAUCCAGAAAAUAUCUUCAACAGAACAUUGCCAAGGAGACAAGUCAAUGUUUUGUCGCAUGGAAGUUCUCUAUCGGUACUGUGCAAUUCCUGGUUACAAUAAACUGUGUUGCAGUUCUUGUAGUAAGUACAGUAACAAAACAGGAAGUAACUCAACAAGAUCCAACCAAAGUAAAGUUAAUGAUAUUGAAGAGGAUAUCACUCCCAUACUUACAACACCUGUUGAAGUUCAUAUCCCACAUACUACUUCAGGUCCACCAUUGGUUUCCAAGGCAAACAUCACCAGUUCCAAUGCAACUGUAGAUCGGCCGGAAGGUAACACAGUGGAUGUUCCAUAUAAAAUUCAUGGGUUGGAGAAUGAAGUACCACAGCACAACAUUAUCUUGAGGAGGAGACCACCUUAUGAAAGGACAAAGAACCAAAGAAUUCAGGAGCUGAUUGCUGAAAAAAGGAAAAGAGAGAUGCUCAGGAAAUUACACUAAAAUGGAAAUUUAACAACAGUUUUUCCCCCCCUCUCUUAUAGAGAUGUUACCAAUAUCGCAAUAAUGUUCAUGUCGCCAUAGAGACUAAAUACAAAUAGUGGUGCUGUGGCAGAAAUGCCAACUGCUAUAGCCUGCAAAAAUGGAAAUGUAAGGUUAUUUAAUUAAGGUUAAUAUAAAUAUUGUAAUAACGGCUAGGGUUACAAGUUGCUACAGAAACUAGUGCAAUAUCCUCAUAAGUUUCAGUGCUAUGUAGCAGUGCUACUUGGCCAAGGUCAACUGGGUUAUUAUUUUUUGUGGGCUCUCUUGUUCCCUCAGUGUGUAUGCUUGAGUCCAAUGGGAUGUUCCUGGGAUACACUCAAUAUAAUCGACAAGAGGUUCUAGUAGCUUAAUCCAAAAUCCUCAGUAAUGUUUGGUGGCUUAUAGUACAGCCAAUAGAGCCUCUGCUUCAAGGAAUCAUAUGUCUGUUAUUUUUAAAACACUCAAGUCCUAAAUACACUUCUUUGUAAAUAAGUCGUUUUGGUGAAACUUAUUUCAAAGGCAGUGUGUCUGAAGAAAUCCAGUGUGCCAAUCACACCGUUCUUUCCAUUGAAUUCAAUGGUGCUACCCCCAUACUCAGGCAGUAACAGAAUUCCACCUCAAUAUCAAGGAAUUAAUUUAGACCCUCUUUCAGGGAUCAAGCACAAGUAUGUGCUUUGUGUUAACCACUUGAAAAACAAAGUUUAUAUUUGAUGAUGCUACUUCAAAAUCCAGCUAGGGAGGCAGUGUCCUUCAGGGGUGGUAUAAGAGAGACCAAAACAAAAAACAAAACAAAAACCAUCACCCCUCAUUAUGCUACUAUAUACAAGCCAGAUCAUAGUAGCUUUUAACAUUAUCAUUCUUGAGAAGAAAAAGUUUACACACAAGUCUUGGAGAUUGCUCCUCUAAAAGGCAUCACACUAUCUUCUUCCUUUUCAUCAUGCUUCAGAGACAACACAAUCAUAACAUUCAUGAAUAUACUUGCCCAUCAGCUUCAGGUAGACAAAUUUUAACAACUAAUUCUAAAAUAAAAGCUCCUGUUUAUAAACAUCAGCUUGCAUGUGUGUGUGUGUGUGUGUGUGUGUGUGUAUUCUCCCACAAAUCAGAUAAUAUCAUUAUUGGAAAAUUUUCAAAAUUAAAAAUAAUAUACCAACUCACUGGAUUGACUGCCCAAAGCACCCCCAAUUUCAAUAUUUUGUUUGUAUUCAGAUAUCUGCAUUUCACAGUCUUAAAUGCUUGCAAUGCAAAUAUUCAGUGUUUGGAUACUGUAAAUAAUUUCCUCCCAAUUUUAGUUCACAUUCUGGGUAAUUUAGAUGAUUGGAUUUCCCUCUUGUUUCAGUUGGUGCUUUUUUGUGAAGAAAAUGUUGUUUUCAUUUAUUACAUUUUCUACAGUGCAAUGUUAUGUCAUUUUGGUAGUCAACAAUGUGUAUUAUCAACAAUUAAUUAGGACAGCUGUAUGGUAGCAUAAGCAAACACAUGUCAUUAUGGAUAUAUAUGUAUACACAAUACUGAAUCUGCUUAGAUUUUAGCAUUGUAUAGUUUGAGAGCCCUUUGAGUACUGGUUUUAUUGCACACAGCACUUUCUGAAAGCUUGCCUGGAUGUAAGCAGUGUCAUAGUUUGUUGCUACAGCUGGAUCCUAACCAUAUUUGCUCACAAGUAAGCCCCACCAAUGGGACUUACUUGUGAGUAAACAGCCCCAGCAGUGGGACUUCCUUCUUAGUAAAUGUGUUUGGGAUUUACAGCUUGGUCGUCAAACAUGAUGAAAUUCAAAAUUAUCCAUCUUCAUUAAUGAGUAAAUAUAGAUUUAAAGCUUGAGCCAAGUAUGAAAACAAUUAAAGCUUUCCUCUCAUUUUAAAUUGAUAAUGGUAAUAGAUCAGAUGUUUAGGUAUAGCUGCUAUUUUAACUACAUAUCUGGCAGCUGCUGGGAAAACCACUGAGCACAGGCAUAGGUGAGGCUUUCCAUGGACAGAACAGCCAAUGAAUGUCUCUGUGUUUUGUUUUGUUUUGAAAACAAAAAACGUUCUGCUCUGCCUACCAGUUUCAUCAGAGCUAACUUGCCUAAGACAUGAGUGUUUUGCAGUAAAGUUCUUGAUACGGUUGUUGCCCUCAACAGAUUUCAAUGGCAAUUUAUUAAGCAAUCCAUGGUUUGUUGCACACCUUAUAAUUGCUAUACAAGAACUAACUUUAUAGACUGUCUUGUUUUACUGAUGGUACAUAAGCUGCUCAGAGAGCCUUUUUGACUGAGGAGUGUGAUAAAAAAAAUACCUUAAAUUAAUAAAUUUGUUCAAGCUCAGCCAGAUCCAAUGAGACUAACUUGGUAUCAGAUAAUUAAUUAACUAUGUCAUUUUUUAAUAUCCACUAGAAAUAGAAUUUGGCAUGCUGCAAUAAUCAUGGCAUACAAUAUAGGAUUGACUUCACAUUUGAUAAAUAUGGCUUCCCUUAUAAUAUUUAUUUGUUCUGAUCCAGUUCUAGUCAUGUGAUGCAACAAUUUCUGGUGUUGGAUGUGUAUUCCAUUAUAUAUCAAAAGAUACAUCCAGCCAUUUGAAUGGUGAUCAUAGCUGCUUAUGCAUAAGCCUUUUUCUGUACAUAGAUCAUAGAUAGAUCUUAACGCUGGAUUGAGAUGAUUAUCCAGUGAAUGAAAAUGGUAAAAUUCAAAUGUACACUGAUAUCAUAGCAGAACCUAUGAGAAUAUGCAGUAAAAUGCAUAUUCUCCAGACCUUAGGCCUAGCCAUCUCAAACUGUCAAUCUCAUCUGAAAGACAUGAAUUUGCUUCUUUCCUGCAAUACAGUGUAAUUAUUAUUAUCUCAUUCAGUCUUUGUCCCUCACGUAAUCUUAGAUCAAUGCUUUCUCUUAACGUCAAUCUUAUUUAGAGGGAGAUGCCUGUUAGUGUCAUCUGGGUGCUUUUCAGUGAAAAGCUUCCUUUAUUAAUUUUGGUAUCAUUUGGAAAUUACUUUCUUUCCCCCUCAAAAAUGUGUGAUAAGACAUAUACAAAGAUUGUCUUCCAUUCACUAAAUAGCUGGCAUAUUAAUCUGAAAUACAUGCAGAAAUACAUCCAUCGUGAAAGCCAAUUAACUGCAUUGGAAAUACCCAAUGAUAUAUGCAAUCACAUUUUUUAGUCAUUAUGAACAUGUGCUUGACAUGGAAAGACAUUGCUAUGAAACCUGAAAACACAGCUUUCAACCUCUCCUUGGCUACAUUGCACACAUUUAAAAUAUAUUCAGGAUUUAUACAGUGAAAAGAGUUUUGAAAACAAAAAUAGAGUUUGAAGUUACAUUGCUACUUUAAUUUUAAUAUUGGCACUGCCACCAACAGAAUACUUUGUAGCAAAAUAUUGAGCAAUAGCUUCAUAGAAAUGAGGACAAUUUUAUUUUGUUUCAAUAAAAUGAGAGUAGUGCUUUUUGGACUACAGCUACAGGCCAUGAUUUGAGACAUGUAUGGAUAGCUCCAUAUGUGCAGUGGGACUUUCCCCACCUUCAAGGGGAGCCUGACUGGCAGUAUGCAAUGUACAUAGGAGAUUUUUAUUACACAGGAAGUCCUCCAUGGAAGGUGCAAGCUCUUUCAUAUGGACCUGUGGCCUUCAUUAAUUUGGGGGUAGAAAGAGAAAUAUUCAUUAAAGUAGCACUACUACAUGAUGGAUGCCCUUUUACGCAACAAUGGUUUCCCUAUAAUCUUGCUAUGGUGAAGAGCAGAGUGUUAUCCUAAAUAAACUUGCAGUCCGUUAUUUCAUUUCUUAUCUAAAGUUUCCCCAUCCCAUUUCUUAUGUUUCUGGCUCCAUUUCACUUGUUCUCUGUUGGUCUAGAGCAGGACCGGCCCUACCAUUAGGCAGGAUGAGGCAGUCACCUCAGGCGGCAGAUGCUGGAAAGCAGCAGCAAGGUGUUCAAGGAGAAGACUGUGUGCCUUGCAGCCUACUCUGCACCCCCUAAGUUAGCCAGCUGCCUCUAAGUUCAGUGGAGAACGUUGCCCUGUCCUUAGUAUUGAAAACAGAGAUAUCUGCCAGUCCUGUUUGCUUUUGUACAUGUAAUGGGACGGGGCACCACUUUGUCCUUUACCUCAAGCAGCAAAUUGUCUUGUGUCAGUCCUGUUCCAAAGGGCAGGACUAGAACCAAUGGGUGGAAAUUGCAGGUUUCUGCUAUUAGACAAUGGAGCAGACUGUCUUGAGACAUAGUGGGCUCUCCACUAGAAGUAUUUAAGCAGAGGCUAGAUGGAUCUGUCAGGGAUACUGCAGCUACAUUCUGCAUUGUAGCUCCUGCACUGAGCAGGGGGCAGGACUGGAUGACCUCCAAUGUACCUUCCAUCUCUAAAAUCCAAUAUUUGUACAAAUCUACAUUCUGCUCCUGGAACUGAUUUACUUAGGUUGUCAUAGCACCACGACUCUCCAUGAUGCUGCAGUAGAAGGUGACCUUGCUCAUUUUUUCUGUCAGGGUUUCUCUGCCUUUCAGAGUUGCAUGGUAGAACUGUGACAAGUGCACCUUUUCUCAUCACUGCAUCUCUGUGAUGUGAAAAGCUGCAGCUGUUACAUUCCUUCCUGUUGUCCUGCCUUUAAAGAUAUGAGAGACCGCCCAGAAAGAAAUGUUUGUAAUUGUAUAUGAUGCCUACCAACCACCUAUUAACAUUUAAGCACAGCUCCUGCUAAAUGACUAGAAAUGACAAGAGUUCCUGUAGCUGGAAGAUUAAAAUGCAAGUUUAUUGGGGUUUUCCUGUGAAACACACAGUUAAUCUUCAUCUUCACCUCUUCCCCACUUCACCAUCUCUGAACAGAGAGCUUUAUCCUGACCAACCAAACCCCGUUCUAUGAGCUGUUUACUAGUUACUUUUCAUACACAAGUGACUGUUGCCUCUCAUGAGCCAAUAUGCUGACAGUAUAAGUGAAGGAUAACUGCUUAGCAAUUAAUAUGCCUGAACAUACAUACUGGAAAUGGAAUCAACUGUCUGAUACCUGACUUAGAUUGCUUCUUGAUUGCUUUUGUUCUGGAAUAACUGCAAUGCUUAUUGUUCUCUGAAACUUAAACAAAUGGUUUGCUUAUUGUAUUGUGAAGCAUGCAAUGCCUUCCUUUUCAUUGUGCAACUCUCUAUACAUUGCUAUAUUAGGCAGUAUCCUGUUUACUUUUUUCUUUAAUGUAUAGCUAUGUCUGUGGUACAACACGACAGAUUUUCUCACAGGCAUGCCUGAUUCCUGUCACAACCCACAGAUGAAAGAUUGUCCUUGCUCUAUCAAGGAAUCCUAAUUUUAAAUACAGUUUUGAUUCCGAAAACAGUUGUAUAAAUGAAUAAUCCAAUUAGAAUUGCCAUUUCUCUCUCUCUCAACAGUUUCUGCUUCUAUGCCUUUAAUAACAGCUCAGUCUGUAAACAUGAGCAGAAACAACCACCACAAAGAGUCUUGUGGCACCUUAAAGAUUAACAAAUUUAUUAUGGCAUGAAUUUUCGUGGACUGCCCUUGACAGUGAACACUUCAGUGGCUAAUUCCCACAUCUCAAGCUGCAGUUCAAGAAUAUGAGCAGGCCAGGGUAUGGUCAGUGGAAACCCUUAUGUCCAACUGCCCCAGUAUGCACAUUUCAUCCAAAUUAUUGCUGUCCCUGAUAUUUUCUCUAUUUCUGUGGCAAUCUGAAAAAGAAAAGCCCUGCAGCAGCUGUAUUACCUUUGGAACCACAUUGUUUUCAUUUCAUCCCUUAGGAUCACAGCUCUGGCAACACUGGUCCACAUACAAGAGUAUUAAGACUAAGUUUUUAUUUCACUGUGGAACUUCAUCUACCUUCUAUUGAAUA